AUGCAGAGGAAAAGGGAUGAUAUAGACGAGCUCUUUCGCAUGGCGGAUCCUAUUGCUGCCGAUUUCAUGGCUGCUGGCAGGAUGCCUAUGCCUAGCCUGUUUGGUGGGAAGGAUCCAUUUGAUGAUCCUUUCUUCACUCGCCCUUUAGGGGGAAUGUUUGAGCAUGGUCCGUUGUUCCAAUCUCGCAAUUCUACCCCCACUGCUCAUGCUGCACGGGCAAGUGGUUCAAAAGGUCUUGUGAUCGAGGAGCUGGCUUCUGAUGAUGAGAUGGAAGAAGAUGUUCAAGAGAAACGGGCAGGGGUUGUUCAUGGAAAGGUGGAUCAUUCUAGGAAACAACAACCUUCGGUUCAGCACCCUGACGACGACGAUGAAACUAAUGAGGGAAAUGUUCUAGCUGUGAAUAGAGGGAGCGAGUAUACCAGGACACAAGGCAAUGGGACUAGGUCUCAUGGAUUCAGUUACAGCAAAGUUACAUAUGGUGGUGUGAAUGGAGCUUAUUACUCUUCGACAAGAUCCAGGCAUGUUGGUGGUGAUGGAGUGACGAUUGAGGAGAGCAGAGAGGCAGAUAAGAUUACAGGUCAAGCGACGCAUAGAGUCUCAAGAGGAAUUAAUGAUAAGGGACAUUCUGUCACGCGGAAGCUUAAUCCAGAUGGUAAGGUUGAUACGCUACAAACAUUGCACAAUCUCGAUGAAGAGGGACUUGCAGGGUUUGAAGAUGCGUGGAGGAAGGGUAAUUUCAGUGGUCACCUGCCUGGGUUUAUCAAUCCGUCCGGGAUGACUGAAACUUCUGCAGGUUCUCGUGAACCGAGGGAGAUGGUGAACUGGGGAGAUAUGGCUAAUCCAGCUGCGAUAUUUGGUGCUGGAGGAAGAGGUCCGAACAGGUCGGGGAGCAAUACUUCCAGUAAUGCGAGAGCCAAAAAAGUUGUUAGGAUUAACAUAGAGUAG